AUGAGCCUAUUUACAGCAGCGGCCGUUUUGAUGGCUUUCCGAUUGCCAGCCCUUUUGAUGUUCAGAGGAUCGCCUAUACCAAUACCCAGGCCAGUUAUGGUGAUACGGGUGCCGGCAGCAGCAGCAGCAUCAGCAUCCAAUAAUAUUCAGCCAACAUUACAAGUAUUAGCACCGGCAUCAAUAGUACCACAACUACUACAACAACAACAGCAGCAGCAGACUAUAGUUCCUCGAUUAGCACCUGUGCCGACACGAUUACAAGCACUACCACCAUCAGCACCACUGCGAUCAUUAUCACUGCUCAAUCCAUUGUCACAUUUGCUGAGACGAUUACCGCCAGCAGCAGCAGCACCGGCACCGGUAGCUCCACAACCGUUUCAACCAUUUCUACAACCACUACACCACCAACCGUUUAGCCGACUACUGGCGCCAAUCAACGUGCCGAACGUACGGUCAUUAGUAGGGCAUACUCUAAAAGCUAGUGAAUCAGCACCGGUAGCUGCGGCGGCGCAGCCGGUAAUAGUGGUCAGACCUACGAUCAAAUCGCUUGGCCUUAACUAUCAGUCCAUUGAUACCGCAAACGCAGACGAGAGUCGUCGUCAUUUUGUUUACGAAAUAAUGGCUACAACAACAACCGUUAGGCCACGAUUGUUGGCCGCGGCGGCGGUGGCGGCACCGGUUUCAACCCAUAAACACAUUGGACAGCCAUUUAAUCCUAACUUAUCCGACAAAUACAGGACUUUGUCGACCACUAAAUACUAUACUGAAUACUAUGUUUUACCAACAAUAGCACCACCGGCGGCGGCGGCAGCGGUACAGCCGUUUAGGACUAAAUCGUUAAUCAAAUUUAGGACAGAUAUCAAUCAUGGAGAUGUGGUGGACAGGUAUGCCAUAAAUAUGUUGCCGCCUGUGAUGCCCCGUCAAUACGAUAGCGACGAUAUGAUAGUUGACAUGAAAACUAGUAGUACAACAACAUCAACAACAAGUAGGUCAUCGACAUCAUCGACAACUACUACUACAAGCACAACAACAACUACUACUACAAUGAGGCCAAUAAUUACAAGUGCAUUAUUGGCUACCGUUCCCAGCAUGAAAUGGCAACAAAAUUAUAAUACUAUGUAUUUCAAUGAUAAAACACGUGAAAUGUUUGGCCGUCAGCGCAAAAAGUUUGGCGACAGACUCGGUAACAAUAGUAGUAGUAGUAGUAGUAGUAGUGUUAGUACCAGUCCUACACACUACUACUACUACCUGCGCUGA